AUGGGUUCGGAGGAAACCGCAAAGAGAGGCCCUGAAGCCAAAGAACUUCUGUCGUACUUUUUCUAUAAAGUAAGCAUAUUGUCAACCUUCCUCGCUCCCUUCAAGCACCUGAGUCCUGGCACCACAAACACGGAGGAUGAAGACACCCUAAGUACCAGCAGCGCGGAGGUGAAGGAGAACCGCAAUGUGGGCAACCUGGCCGCGCGGCCACCGCCCCUGGGGGACCGGGCCCGGGGCGGUGCCCCCAGUGCGAAGAGGAAGCGGCCGCUGGAGGAGGGGAAUGGAGGACACUUGUGCAAACUGCAGCUGGUCUGGAAGAAGCUGUCGUGGUCGGUGGCGCCCAAGAACGCGCUGGUGCAGCUGCACGAGCUGAGGCCGGGCCUGCAGUACCGGACAGUGUCGCAGACGGGCCCGGUGCACGCCCCGGUCUUCGCGGUGGCGGUGGAGGUGAACGGGCUCACGUUCGAGGGCACGGGCCCCACCAAGAAGAAGGCCAAGAUGCGCGCGGCCGAGCUGGCGCUCAGGUCCUUCGUGCAGUUCCCCAACGCCUGCCAGGCGCAUCUGGCCAUGGGCGGCGGCCCGGGCCCCGGCACGGACUUCACCUCUGACCAGGCGGAUUUCCCCGACACGCUCUUCCAGGAGUUCGAGCCUCCGGCGCCACGCCCCGGUCUCUCGGGAGGCCGCCCCGGGGACGCCGCGCUUCUGUCCGCGGCCUACGGGCGACGGCGGCUGCUGUGCCGCGCGCUGGACCUGGUGGGCCCGACCCCCGCGACCCCCGCGGCCCCUGGGGAGCGCAAUCCCGUGGUGCUGCUGAACCGCCUGCGCGCUGGGCUGCGCUACGUGUGUCUGGCGGAACCGGCUGAGCGGCGGGCGCGGAGCUUCGUGAUGGCCGUGAGCGUGGAUGGCAGGACGUUCGAGGGCUCGGGGCGCAGCAAGAAGCUGGCCCGGGGUCAGGCCGCGCAGGCCGCGCUGCAGGCGCUUUUCGACAUCCAGAUGCCCGGCCACGCACCCGGCAGGGCCAGGAGGACGCCAAUGCCGCAGGAAUUUGCAGACUCCAUAUCCCAGCUGGUCACACAGAAGUUCCGCGAGGUGACGAUGGACCUCACGCCCAUGCACGCCCGCCACAAAGCUCUGGCAGGAAUCGUCAUGACCAAAGGACUGGACGCUCGGCAAGCACAGGUCGUGGCCCUGUCGUCGGGGACCAAGUGCAUCAGCGGCGAGCACCUCAGUGACCAGGGGCUGGUGGUAAAUGACUGCCACGCGGAGGUGGUGGCCCGGCGGGCGUUCCUGCACUUCCUCUACACGCAACUGGAGCUGCACCUGAGCAAGCGGCGCGAGGACUCGGAGCGAUCGAUAUUUGUGAGGUUAAAAGGCGGCGGCUACCGGCUGCGGGAAAACAUCCUCUUCCAUCUCUACGUGAGCACCUCCCCCUGCGGAGACGCAAGACUCCACUCGCCCUACGAGAUCACCACAGACCUGCACAGCAGCAAACACCUCGUCAGGAAGUUCCGCGGGCACCUGCGCACCAAGAUCGAGUCCGGGGAAGGGACAGUCCCCGUGCGUGGCCCCAGUGCAGUGCAGACCUGGGACGGCGUCCUGCUGGGGGAGCAGCUGGUCACCAUGUCCUGCACGGACAAGAUUGCCAGGUGGAACGUCCUGGGGCUGCAGGGCGCGCUCCUGUCCCACUUCGUGGAGCCCGUGUACCUGCAGAGCAUCGUGGUGGGCAGCCUGCACCACACGGGCCACCUCGCACGCGUCAUGAGCCACCGCAUGGAGGGUGUCGGCCAGCUGCCCGCCUCCUACCGGCACAACCGGCCUCUCCUCAGCGGCGUGAGUGACGCCGAGGCGCGCCAGCCGGGGAAGUCGCCCCCCUUCAGCGUGAACUGGGUCGUGGGCAGCGUGGACCUGGAGAUUAUCAACACCACCACCGGGCGGAGGAGCUGCGGGGGCCCCUCCCGGCUCUGCAAGCAUGUGCUGUCUGCGCGGUGGGCGCGGCUGUACGGCAGGCUGAGCACACGGACACCCAGCCCCGGAGACACACCCUCCAUGUACUGUGAGGCCAAGCUGGGGGCGCACACCUACCAGUCUGUGAAACAGCAGCUGUUCAAGGCCUUUCAGAAGGCUGGCCUGGGCACCUGGGUGAGGAAACCGCCAGAGCAGCAGCAGUUUCUACUGACUCUCUAGGCUGCGGGCUCCUGGCUGCUGGAGCUGAGCGGGACGUUGGAGGGACUGGGCCAUGUCUGGGGGCGACGCAGCGGGUUGGCCGGUUCCCUGCAUUUGUUUUCCUUUGGUGUUCCAGAAACACGCGACUGUGCAAUGUUUGGACAAGCAAC